GACAGAAUUAUUGGGUUAUUUUUCUAGUUUUACAUUUUUUUUCAUUUAAAAAUUAUCUUAUAGAUUUGAUUAUACGUACGUUUGUUGUAGAACAUCCAACGCCUCUUGAUUUAUUCGUCGAGUAAGAUAAACUGAGGGCUUGGCCAUUGUUUUGGAAUAAAAUUUAUGAGGUGUUUUAACACCAAAUACAAUCAACUUCUUCAGGCACGAUUUACUGAUGCCUAGUAUCUGCAUGACCGAUUGGCGUUUGCGGCUUUAAAAAAUCCACAUAACAAAGAAUGAGUAGAAAACAUUUUCCAGAUUUCUUUACUAACAAAGGUCCGAUUCCAACAACAGUAACACCAUUACAGUUUGGUAAAAUGACUUAUUACCAGUCCAGAGUAAAUCCAGACAAAGAUGAAUAUGGUCACAGUUCAAAGCCUAAUUUAAAACCUUACACGGACAAUGAUGAUGAAAUGUUGGUUUGUGAAGAUAUUGAAGAUUCCUAUGAUAUUACUUUGACGAAGAAUGGUAAAUUUUUCACAUCAUUGUAUGUCCCUUCAAAACUGCUGUCCUAUAUUAUUGGAGCCAAAGGGGUAAAAUUAAAAUCACUACAAAGAGAUACAAAUACGAUUAUAAAAGUACCACGAAUGAACGAAAAAGGUGAGGUAACUAUUACUGGAGAGUCAGAGAGGAAAGUUGCAUCAGCCAGAGCCCAGAUUGCUAUGAUUGUUGCACAAAGAAAAGAGAGAAUGCAACCCACCCAUUUUAUAGCAAUUCCUAUUGUUUCCGACACUAUUAAUGAAAACUUAAUUCAAUUUAAGAACGAAAUUAUGGAAAAUCCCCCUGCAGGUGUAACGGAAAGUCUUUUCCAAAAUCCAGUUAAGCUUCAUCUGACUAUUGUAAUGUUGAAAAUACUUGACGAAGAUGAGUUGGAUUUAGCCAAAAAGAACUUACAAACUUGUUAUAAUGAAUCAAUUGCAGGAAUAUAUAACGAAAUAAAGGGUAAUGAAAUUACUGUUCAAGGUGUUGAAAUAAUGAACGACGACCCUGCAAAUGUGUAUGUUUUAUAUGGCAAAGUAAAAAUGCCGAAUGAUACACUCUUAACAAAAUUACAGAACAUAGCUGAUGCACUUAAUUCGUAUUUCUGUCGUGUAGGCAUUGCAAAAAAGGAAUACGAAAAAGUAAAGUUGCACAUGACUUUAAUGAAUACAAGUUUUAGGAAAGGUAGUGAAGGGAAAGGGUCAUUUGAUGCUACAGAUAUCUUGCAAAAAUACAGGGAUUUCUAUUUUGGGUCGUUUGAACUAAAAGAACUGCAUUUGUGUAUUAGAGGUACCACAACAGCAGAUGAUGGGGCAGUAAAAUACUAUGAUACUGCCUCAGUUAUUUCAUUAUAAUACUGAUGUAAAUAAAACAGUCAGAUCUGUGUGCAAAAUUAUUUAAUAAUGUAAAAUAUUUAACAUUCUUGUAUAUAUACCAUUAUAAUGGUAAUCCUAUAUAUUUAUAAAUAAAAUAAAUGUGUUUGACAGUAAAUGAAUAAUACUUUUUAUGUAAAGGAAAAUGAUAUAUUUCAAUAUAAAUUAUUAAUACUG